AUGGAGCGAGCAAACCUUGAGACUGCGGUCAAUCAGACUACGAACAUGCAGAACUCUGUCAUCGUUUCAAAUACAGAUCCGGAUUGCAGAAAUGAUUCUGCUGACGAGAAUAAAGGUAGCAGCGAGCCUGCGACGUUCGAAGACACUGUCAUCAAUAUACUGGAGUCUGCCUGUAAUGUUUUUGACAAUAUAUAUUUUGCGAAGAGCUUAGGAAUCAUAUCAGACAAAAACUUUUUGUAUCGUCAUUUAAACAACGGCGAGUGGGGCUCAAAAUUAUGGCUCAUCACUUUAAUUCUUUCAGCUAGAAAAUUACUGAGGCAACUUUUCAAAACAAUGAAGGCAAGAUCGGCGUUAAAGAGUGAGAUUAAAAUUACACAGUUGAAUUCUAAAAGUUUAAUAAAUGACGUUCUAACGGAAAAGCUGAGAGAAAGCUUGGACAAAUGCAGCGCUUUGAUACGGGACAAGUUGUUCGAUCUUUUUCAAACCUUCAUUUACUUUAUCAUAGCAUCAAUCAGUCUAUUCAAAAUAGCGGUUCCAAGAAAAUGGAAGAGGGUGCUGGAACCUUUGUCAAAUUUUGUCACUUUGAUGAGAUUCUUCACAGUAGUCAGAUGA